AUGAGAUCUACUACUUUGUUUAUAGUUUUAUGUGUUUUCAUGUUCAUUGCUUUAAACAAUGUUAAAGGACAAGCAAAACCAAAAGAGUGUCAGAUUAAAAAUACCUACCGUGGAAAUUGUGGCACGAAUGGAAGCCAGAAGUGUCUAAAUAUCUUAAACGAUAAAAGUGUAAAGCGUUGCGAUUGUAGUGAAACAAAAGCAGUACGUGAGGUUAUAUGCACAUGUUCUCGUUGCUAA